AUGCGCCAGGUGUCGACCGAGGCUCUACACACUUUUGACUUCAUCCCCGAGACAUACCGUGCAUGCGGGGAUGAUUGGAGACUUCUCGCAGACAGAACUGGUCUAGCAGAUGGAAUACGUACGUUGCUGCAGGAUUUUUCUCUUUGUAACUGCACGCUCACAAACGGAAAUAGGGCAGAGGUGACCAGGAAUUUAUACCAGCAGUAUGUAUCGGCAGGUGGUCCAGAGAAAAUAACAACUGUGUCUGAAAGGUCUAAGAAAUUACACCGCAUGUUUAGUCCGGAUAUCUACCGUAAACUUCCACACAAUCUGAACUUCCUCAGUGACAUCACCCAGGGUGCGUAUUUUCUGAGUAACCAGCAGGUCGCCCGUGAAGAGAUUGGUGGCGUCAGCAAACUUCUGGGCGAAAAUGAGAUUUAUCAGGAGAACACGAGAUGGCUCCAAGCCGGUAUUUCAUAUUCUUCAAGCUUUAGUAGAAGAAAACUGGAGUUGGGUGGCGACAAUGCAGCAAAGGUCGAGGAGAUGUGUGCAUGUCUUGAGGAAGCUAAAAGCUAUGCAGCCAACCCUCCAUAUGAGCAAGCCAUCGAGAGAGAUAUACAGAGCUUUGCCACAGGUCGCACGGAAGCAUACAGAGAUUCGCAGGAACUCUGGGUCAAGGAUAUGAAACCUGCUGUGGAAACUAUCCUUAGAUUCGUCGAACCGUAUCGCGAUCCAUAUGGUGUCCGCGCGGAAUUCGAAGGACUGAGGCUACCAUGGAGGCAAGGCUACAAGAAUGGAGGUAUGGGUCCCUUUGAGAAAGACCUUUUCGAUCCACCGAAUUACACGAGCCUUCAAGCUACGGAUAAUGGAAAGGGAUAG